GGUGCGCGGCCCGGGCGCCUCGAAGGGCCAGUGGCGAGGGGGCGCGGGCGCCGCCGGAAGCUGGGGCGGGGCGCCCGGCGGGAUGCGGUGAAGGGCGAGCGGCGAGGCAGCGGCGAUGAGCGCCUCUGCGGCCACCGGGGUCUUCGUGCUGUCCCUCUCGGCCAUUCCGGUCACCUAUGUCUUCAACCACCUGGCGGCCCAGCAUGAUUCCUGGACUAUUGUGGGGGUUGCUGCCCUCAUCCUGUUCCUGGUGGCCCUGCUGGCUCGUGUCCUCGUCAAAAGAAAACCACCCCGGGACCCACUGUUCUACGUGUAUGCAGUUUUUGGAUUUACCAGCGUGGUGAACCUCAUCAUAGGACUGGAGCAAGAUGGAAUCAUUGACGGGUUCAUGACACACUACUUGAGAGAGGGUGAACCAUAUCUGAACACUGCAUAUGGGCACAUGAUCUGCUACUGGGAUGGCUCUGCUCAUUAUCUGAUGUACCUGGUGAUGGUGGCAGCCAUAGCAUGGGAGGAAAGUUACAGAACCAUUGGCCUAUAUUGGGUUGGAUCUAUUAUUAUGAGUGUGGUUGUUUUUGUGCCAGGAAACAUUGUAGGGAAGUAUGGAACACGAAUUUGCCCUGCUUUUUUCUUAAGCAUACCAUAUACUUGUCUUCCUGUCUGGGCUGGUUUCAGAAUUUAUAAUCAGCCAUCAGAAAAUUAUAAUUACCCCUCAAAGGUUAUUCAAGAAGCCCAAACAAAAGACCUGCUGAGAAGACCAUUUGAUUUAGUGUUGGUCGUGUGUCUUCUCCUGGCAACUGGAUUUUGCCUGUUCAGAGGUUUGAUUGCUUUGGAUUGCCCAUCUGAGCUCUGCCGAUUAUAUACGCAAUUUCAAGAGCCCUAUCUAAAGGAUCCUGCUGCAUAUCCUAAAAUUCAGAUGCUGGCAUAUAUGUUCUAUUCUGUUCCUUACUUUGUGACUGCACUGUAUGGCUUAGUAGUUCCUGGAUGUUCCUGGAUGCCUGACAUCACACUGAUACAUGCUGGAGGUCUGGCUCAGGCCCAGUUUUCUCACAUUGGUGCUUCUCUUCAUGCUAGAACUGCUUAUGUCUACAGAGUCCCUGAAGAAGCAAAAAUCCUUUUUUUAACAUUAAACAUAGCAUAUGGAGUUCUUCCUCAGCUCUUGGCCUAUCGUUGUAUCUACCAACCAGAGUUCUUCAUAAAAACAAAGGCAGAAGAAAAAGUGGAAUAAAAAUAUUACUUCAUGUUCUUCCUUUCUAAAUUGCUGACUUUUGUUAUACUGGUACUGAUAUUUUGUCCCAUUUCACUCUCUUCCCAUAUAUGAAUGCUUAAGAAUAUGUACAUUCUUGCUCUGCACUAUAUGUGUGAGCUAUGUGGUAUUGUGUGAGUAAAUUUUUUUUGAAGGAAAACUGAAAUUCUUGAGAAACAGUUUGUAUAAAGAAAUAGAAUCAUUUGUGAAUAAACGUGACCAUCCAUCUCAAUAUUCUAUUUGACAUAUGAAAUAAUUGUAAGUGUAAAACAUUACAGUUUAGUGCCUACAACAGUGAGCAUGAAAUGAGACUAUUCAAGAGAAUAUGGCCUAUGCAUAUUAAAAAAUUCAAAACAGUGAAUGCAGAUUGGAGAAAUAACUUUUGCAAUACGUAUAUGUUUCAUUAUGAACCUCAAUAUAAAAGGCAAAUCA